AUGCAGAAUGGACUUCCCCCACUGGAGAUUCGCACCAAUCAUGCUGUUGCAAAACCGUCACGAUGGGAGCGGUUUCGCAGUCAGUUUCACAUGAGGCCCCCAGAGGACGAUGAGCCUCAGUCGUGGUGGAUUGCCUCAACUGCUAUUCCACUGGUGGCUGCGACCGCUGGACCGCUGGCUAAUGUCAUGUCUAUUGUGGCGCUCGUUAUGCCGUGGAGGAGCAAGAUCAUUUCUCGAGACGUGGGACCAGCUGGGAACUGGGUUCAAGAGGGCUAUGGUGACCCUCAUUGGGUGACUGCGCUGAACGCGGUAUCGCUUUUCUGCGGUGUGGUCGGCAAUAUUUUCUUGCUUUUGAAUUUUACUCAGACCAUUCGAUAUAUAAUAGCUCUGCCCGUGACUAUUGUUUUGUGGUUUAUUGCUACGGGGAUAUUGAGCGGCCUGACCGCAUCCCUUUCCAUUUACAGCCCACCUAUCCCGCCGAGCGAUGUCUACUCCCAGGCAUAUUGGAGCGCGGUUAUUGCAGCCAUUCUCUACUACAUAUUGGGAUUUCUUCUGAUGAUCAACAUGCUUGGCUGCUUCCUGGGGAAGUACCCACAGCACUUUCUUCUCACGGAUGAUCAGCGUACUCUCAUUUUGCAAAUGACUGGAUUUGUUGUUUGGCUUCUCAUUGGCGCCGCAAUAUUUCAAAGCUUGUUGGAUAUAUCAUUCGCCGACGCGCUUUAUUUUUCUGACGUCACAGUCUUGACUCUAGGGUUCGGCGAUAUCACUGCCCACACUGCGGUUGGAAGAGGUCUGAUCUGGCCCUAUGCUGUGAUCGGCAUUAUCAUGCUUGGUCUGGUGGUUGGCAGUAUCCACCAGUUCGCCCGCGAAGUUCACUACGACAAUGUUGUGCGCAAGCAUAUCGAGAACAAACGACAGUCCACAUUUGACAGAUCCAUCACGUUCGAACAGCUGCGAAGUGGUCGCGAACUUCCAGGAAAGGGUAUUGCCACUCCAAAGCUUACCCGGGAACGGUCCAACAUCUCACAACACCGGCAUCACAAACACCAACCCAUCCGCAGAACCCUCACUGCGUUGGCGUCUGGUCACCGGCCCAAACUACUCAUUAUGAGAGAGGAGAAAGAUCGGUUUGACGCGAUGCGUGCGAUCCAGUACGAAACUCUGCGGUUUCGUCGCUGGAACAACCUGUUCAUCAGUAUCAUCGUAUUCGGAAUUGUGUGGUCAUGCGGUGCCGUCGUUUUCUGGCAGCUGGAGGAUAUGACUUAUUUCGAAAGCUUGUACUUCUGCUUCUGCUCGCUGAUUACUAUCGGUUACGGUGACUUUACACCGCAGUCAAACGCAGGCCGACCUUUCUUCGUCGUGUGGUCUCUCAUCGCGAUCCCGACUAUGACCAUACUCAUCUCGCAAAUGAGCGACACUAUUGUUGCGGGCUACAAGCAUUCCAGUGAGAAAUUCAGCGAUUUCUUUGUAAUGCCCCGCCAAGCGGCAUACAAGGGCGUUCUUUCCCAUUUCCCCGCCCUCCAGCGGCGGGUACAAGAGUACCAGGAAAAAAAGCGGCUGAGGCGCGGAUUUCAGGUCGGCAUGGAAGUAGAUGAGGCAGCUCCGACAGAGGAGAGACCGUCUUCGGCCUCGAAUACUAAGAAGAUGGAGCCAAUUGUGCCGCUACGUAACCGCUCGUCUGAUGGGCACCCACUUCGAACCAUCGAAGAGCUUGCCCGCGAGUCCAACCCCUCUCCUUUUGAACUCGCGCAGCAACUUGCCUUUGCUAUCCGCCGCACCACAAACGACGCACGAGAAGGCAAGCACAAGCGGUACACCUACGAGGAGUGGGUGGAAUACACCCGUCUUAUCCAGUUCACCGAUCCAUAUUCGCGGCCCGGUUCGUCCGCGGAUCGUGCUGCGCUUCCGGACGGCAAUAGCAUUAGCGUCGAUGAGGCUGUAUUCGGCACCUUGAACUGGGACUGGAUCGGUGCGGAUAGCCCCAUGCUGGCGCACCAAUCGGAACCUGAUUGGAUUCUGGACCGAUUGUGCGAGAGCUUGAUCCGUUAUAUGUCGUCGCAAGAGCUGGCGCGGGCUGCAUCACGUGGUCAAAAUGAUGAUGCGGCAGAGGAGCCUACAUUAAAGAAGGAGAGAGAUUUAGGCAUCGAGGAGACGUGA